AUGGAUGUACCACCAGGAUUCUCAUCUCAGUCUACAGUUAGGAAAGUUUAUAGGUUGAAAAAGGCGUUAUAUGGUUUGAAACAGUCUCCUCAAGCUUGGUUUGAUAGAUUCCUAAAGGCUAUGUUGAGAUUCGGGUAUAAGCAAAAUAAUGCAAAUCACACAAUGCUUGUCAAACGUUAUGCAAAUAAGGUAAUUGUGCUUAUAGUAUAUGUAGAUGACAUAGUUGUGACAGAAAAUGAUGAGGAAGAAGUGACACAUCUUAAGAUAUUGUUGGCCAAGGAAUUUGAGAUUCAAGACCUUGGUUCGUUGAGGAUGCCUAGACGAGGGAGUUGUGAUUUUCCCCCUUCCGCACAAGAAGAGUUGAGGAGACAGUUUGUGGAGUUACUCCAAGAAUUGGUGGAGACGGAGGAAUUGCGUUGUUCGGAAUUUGAGAGUAGGCUGUGUGACGACAUCCGUGAAAGGAUUGCGGGGUCUUGGCAUAGGAGUUAUAGUGUGCUUGUCCGGGCUGCAACUCAUGUGGAGGCAGCGGUGCUAGCUAUGGGGCAAAAUAGGGGAGAGGCUACGGUUUUGAGUAUUGGUCAGGUUAGGGAGGAGGCCACUUCGGCGACUCCUGUGAUUCAGAGUGUUGGUAGGCCUUUUAAGAGGCAGAAGGGUUUUAAUCCACAACAAUUUUAG